GUGAAAUUGCGUGGCAUUGUGAAAGUGGGCGGAGAUUAAGACCCUGGUAGGGAGAAGAAGGAAAGAGGACACACCGCAUAUUGAAACGAUGGCUGCCAUUCGUAAAAAGCUUGUGAUUGUUGGGGAUGGAGCCUGCGGAAAGACCUGCCUUCUCAUAGUCUUCAGUAAAGACCAGUUUCCAGAAGUUUACGUGCCCACUGUAUUUGAAAACUAUGUGGCGGACAUUGAAGUGGAUGGAAAACAGGUGGAGCUAGCCUUGUGGGAUACUGCUGGUCAAGAGGACUACGACAGAUUAAGACCCCUAUCCUACCCAGAUACUGAUGUCAUACUUAUGUGCUUUUCCAUAGACAGUCCUGACAGCUUGGAGAAUAUUCCAGAGAAAUGGACUCCUGAAGUCAAGCACUUCUGCCCAAACGUGCCUAUCAUCCUUGUGGGCAACAAGAAAGACUUGCGCAAUGAUGACCACACACGAAGGGAGCUUGCCAAAAUGAAACAGGAGCCGGUGAAGACAGAGGAGGGAAGGGACAUGGCCAACCGCAUCAAUGCCUUCGGUUACCUAGAAUGCUCUGCCAAGACAAAAGACGGCGUGAGGGAAGUCUUCGAGAUGGCCACCAGGGCCGCGCUGCAGGCCAAGAAACGUGGCAAGAAGAACGCGUGCCUGCUGUUAUAGAAGCCUUCGCCUGGACAGGGAGGAGACGGGGAGGGGGAUGAGGGGGCCCAGAGAACACAGAAAGGGAAGGGACGGGACAGGACAGGAUGGGGCAGGUUUGUCUUUCUGGUGUGGAUGCAUUGGGAGGGAGGAAGGGGGUCAGCAGAGGUUAAAGGUCGCCAUUAGCUUGGCAUGGGAGCUCUGACCUCUAAGACACCCCGGGAAGGGUUGAUGGGGGGAGGGGUGGGGUAACGUGAAUAGGCCUACCAGCGGCACUCUCUCGUAAGGCUUGCCUCAGUAAAUCCAGUAGUAAGAGGGUGGGAGGGGUUAGGAGAGGACUCAUACUGGGAUUCAUGGAUAAUUUUUUUCAGUGGUUUUGACUCCCUUAACAACCCCCCUUUACGCCCCACUUUUAUAAAUGGCUCUACGAUAAUUGGCUCCCAUAGGUUUACGUACUGUCUCUAGUGGCAAGUUCGAAACGGUCAUGUUGUCUGUCCGAACGAUUGUAAGUACGUUUGUAUAUGUUUGUAUAUGAGUGUGUGUAUGUGAAUGCAUGUGUGUUGAAUCUGUCUGUUGUUUUUCUCUCUAUCUCUCUCUGUGUGGAUGUUGACUGUAUGACCCUCCUCUAUACUGAAUUUAAGCACAGGGAGGUCAACACUGCAGGGUGGGUUUCCCUACUAUUCUGCCUCCUCUCCAUUGCUUCUCUUCUGGUAGCUGAUGUCACAGAACAUUCUGGAUGUUUCUCUCUUUUUUUUUUUUUUUUUUUUUAAUUAUUAUUAUUCCAAUAUAGUGAUUCAAACCAUUUGCAGUUCAGGUAUAUUUAAAAAUCUAUCAGCAUCUUUUUUUUUACAUUUAGAUGUAAGGGCCAUCCUGCUCAUCAAGUUUGUGAGAGUGUGUUUUAUAAGCUUGCCUGUGUGUAGAUUUUUAAAUAACUGCUUUGGUUUGAUCACCUCUUUUGAUGUUCAGUGGAGGAGUACAGCACAGUACUGUAUACCAAGAGUAACUGACACACAACAUUCGGUCUUUGUGUCAGGAAGGGUUAUGAUAUUUGUACUUGAUUAUUAAAAGUUGCAAAUUGAAAAUGGCAUUUUACUUUUAUGGCACGCUUUUGAGUGGAAUUUUAAGUUAGUGAUAUUUGUCAGGUUCUGUGUGCUACUCCCUCCAAUCUCCUCUCUUUUGAAUAUAAUGUUAAUUAUGAUUAGUAUUAUUAUUAUUACCAGUAAUAAUAAUAUUAUUCUCUUUUCUUUCAAUGCUCUUGAACUGUAUAUUUAACCCUGUGUGAAUUCUACUGGCCUUUCCUGAAGCAGUUACUACUCCUUAAAACACAUCUUCAGAAUCUAUCAUGAGAAAUAUUUAGAUUUUAAAAGUAAACCAUUGAAAGUGCAUAUAUUAUUGUUUUAAUUGGAGUUUAUUCUAAAGAAAUCAAUUGCAAUUGUGUUGUAUGAAAAAAAAGUAUCUUGGUGCAUUUGACUUUUUGUAAAAUACAUUUCCAUAUUUCUUCAAUCUGCUUUAAAAAAUACUUCAAAUAAAUCUGAUUUAGUUUA